CCGCCAUUUCAUGUACAAGUUACUAAAAUUAAAAGGGAUGUCUCUACUUCCGGUACAGAAACCUAGCAUCCAAAGAUGAUUCAGAUUUCAAUAGGUGAAUAAGGCAACAUAAAGAGGAGUGCUGUUGUCUACGCAACAGAGAAUUGUUUUAAUGCAGAUGGUCUUACAAUUGGAUUGAAAGUGAUGAGUUUACGGGAAAAUGAGGCCAAGGUUUUUCUAUGCCCAGAUUUUAGCAGAAAAUCCUGAAGAUGGACAGUCAUAAAAGAAGUCUAAGAAAUGGACGUAAUUUCUCAGGAGACAACCAACCAAAAUUACUUAUGCAAAACCCAAUGAAAACCAUUUUGGAAACUGUGCAAAAUUGCUAUGAAGGGGUGGUGGAGUACAUGGAUGUGUGGAAGAAGUUUGAUGGGGCAGGCACCCAUCUAGUGGACUCCCUCUGUAACAGUCUGUGUGGCUCGGACUAUCAGCAUCUGGGGCUGGAGACCAGUCAAGCUUUCAAUGUCAUUUAUGCCAGUAGCAAUGGGAUUGAUCCAUCAGGAAAACUUAGGGAAAUAGAGAAGCUUUUAAUUGGCCUCAGAAGUCAUUUAGAGUCAGUGGAAAAUGUUGAGAAAACGAAUUCACAUUUACAGGUGCUAUGCCAGUGUGUUCUCUUGUUCCUGAAGGUGCAGUCUGAUUACCAUCAGCUGUGUUCUGUAACCAUCUCGUCCUUGCUCAGCAAACUAGUCCAAAAUUACAAAACCACAGAAACCAAAGAUGUUCUUCAGCAAAUGACCGAUCUCAACUUGGUGGUCAGAGAAUCGCCUCCAAACCUGAAUUUUUCACCCCAGAAGAGGAGUCCUUCUGCAUCCCCAAAGCUUCAAGCAAAGCAAAAUUUGAAAUCCUCAUUUUUGUCUUUGUUUGAUAGAAAGAGUGCAGAAAAUGACAGUAACAGUGCCUUCUAUGUAGACUUAGAUAAACCUAACUUAAAGGCUCCCCAAGGAGAUGUUCAUGUGCUAAACAAACCAGAAAUUCUUGUACACAUCGGUCUAGAUCCUGUACAAGAAAAUGAAAAACCAGACUGUAUGCCAGCAUCUAUAGAUGAUAGCAUUCUCUUGCCAGAAAUCACCACACAAAACGUGAUAGAAAGAAAUCCACUUGCCACGGAAGAAGAGCUGGACUCUGUCGUGAACUUACUUUCAGGGAUUGUUGCUCACGGGACCGGUUCUCAGAUGCAGACAAUCCAUGAAAAUCACCUGACUGUGCCUUCUCUGUAUUCAUCCAGGAACUCCUCGCCUGGACUCAGUCUCUCCUCUCGGUUUUCAUCGCGCACUCCAUCCCCAGGUGGGAGCGAUGACAGCACCAGACUCGGCCAGGUAGUGAAAGGACAGCGAAGGUCAGAUGGAGCUUUGGAUUUUUCUGGGAUUCUGCGGGGAAACACUUGGCCUCACCGAUCCAGUCUUCCGUCUAGUCAGUUCACUAGUUCCCAUGAGUUAGGGGGUCAAAGUGCCACCAUUCCUAGGCAGUAUACAAAGGAUGGAACCAUGGGUGGUGGAAGACAAUUGAUGAACAUACAUGCAAGCCAUCCAUCUUCAGGAUAUCCCUGGGGAUACCCUGAACCUAAAUAUAGACCUUGGGUUACCAAGAGUUUGCCAUCCUCUCAAGGCUCAGACAUUUUACACAGCAGCUGGUCUGCCCUUCAGGACUCAGACGAUCUUUCUGAUGAUUCAUCUGGUGGGGAGCCAUUCUUUGCCAUGGGGCUGGACCUUGUGAAUGCUUUAGAAGCAAAUCCAGGAGGGAGCAGUGAUGAGGAGACAGACAGUCAGAAAGAUUCGAGUAAGUCUGACAAGCAUUCAACAAAUACUUGGCCCCCAAAACAGACGUGGUCACAAACAGCCCAGGGAGUGAAGCCUCACCCACAGCCCCCAGAGAAGGUCCCUGUUCACCGCCCUGUAUCCAUGCAGUGGAGUGAUCCUUUGGCCAACCGCUCACCCUGGUCUGGUCUUGGGCCUUCCCAAAGCUUGCAUGGAUUUGGUUCAUCUAAGUGACAGGAGAUCAAUCUUGAGAUGUCAGAUGAGUGCAUGAGUAAGAAUUUGAACUAUUGGGGGAAAACAUUUGGAUAUACCCCUGGUACCAGAAAUAACUUCAAACUGUCUUUAAUCUUAUGUGAUUAUCAGUAUUAUUUCAAAUGCAGCAGGCAAGUGUAUUCUGUUUACAAAUGUGUCUUUACAAGUGAUGUUUUUGCUGAUAUUAAUUUGUUCAAAUACAAUGCAGGGCAUUUUUUUUAUGAUUUUUAAUGUUCUCCUGAGGGAGAAUAACUGCAAGUCAGUGUUGUUCUGGUAAACCAAGAUGUAAAAACCCAAAAACCAAGAAAAAGCUUGAAUGAGAGAAUGCCUUUGCUUUUGCCACAUACUAAGCCAUGAUAAUAUUUUAUAUUGCCUCAUUAUUUGCUCCUGAAAGUUUGUUAGCUCAAAGGUCACACAGCUUACUUUUUGAACCAUAUUCAAAAAGUAAAAAUUCUUCUUCAAAUAUUAUUCUUGUAUAUCAUGUAUAUGCAAAGGACUAUGUGCGGUAUGGUCAAAUAUCUGCCCCCGAUUUCAACCAAUUUUUAAAUAGUAUCGUAUGAAAAUGAAAUCUUCACAAAUCAUUGUAAAGAGGAUGCCUAUAACUUUAAUCUUGAUUUUAGUCAUCAUUGCUCACUCGCUGUUUAUCUAUGACGUCACUUAAAUGACCUAAUUCCCGCAAAUUUGCAAACAAAUGAAGAUAUUCUCAUUUUUUGCUCUAUAUUUUGCAUUCCGAAGUAUAGAGCGCAGGUCUGCUCAAGUGUGAUUUUAACAUAUGUUUUUCUUCAGAUAGUUAUACAUAUUAUACUAAAAAAUGGUACUUGAGCAAGCCUGCGCUCGAUGUUUCCCAGUCGAAAAACCAUCGGAAAACACCCAUAUUUUGCUACAAAACAUCUAUUUAUCAAAAUAAUGCAAUAUUCACGACGUCAUUUCUACAUUAUGACGUCACUGUGGUGAUAACCUUUUACACCUUUAUUUCCAAUAUGAUUUUAACUAUCUUUCACCUUAUUUUAAAGCUCUUUCUAAAACUUUGAUUUUGGGGGGCAAAAAUUGCAUAAAACCGCACUUAGUCCUUUAUUAUAAAUAAAUUUCCUUCUAGUUGUUUUUAAGAGAAAAUAUUGAAAGAAAUUUUUAGUAGGUUUGUAAACCUAAAAAACUUUGUUUAUUCGUAUUAGCAGCAAAUGCAUUGUUCUUGCCAGUCAUGCAGUGGUUAGCUAAGUAACUACGAACAUUGUGCUUCAGGACUUUGAUUAUACAUUGUGAAAAAGUGUACAAUCAUGUUGUUAUAUUUGGUAACAAUCGACAAUUCUUUUUAAAAGCUUCAGAUUAGAUAAUUAUGUACCAUAUGUUGAAAAUAGUCCUUUAAAUAUGAUAUACAAAUAGAGAUCUACAUGUAUAUGUAUAUAAUUUCUGUGAAUAUAAAAUACAUUUCAUUCAUUGUCAAGAACAAAACAUGUAAACCAUAGUUUACAAAAAAAAAAAAGUACGUUCAUUACCUAACAUUUAAAAAGUUUAGGUUGACUUUGUAGUGUAAUUAAACAUUUAAGUAACUUAACAGUUAUAAUACAUGUAUAUGAAGUUAUUUUGAAAUGUUAGUUUAUCACUUCCAAAAAGUAGUGUAUAGAUAGAAUAUUGCAUCCAAAUCUAUGUGAUACUUUGGUAUAAUGUCUGGUAAACCUUGAAUUGUAUCUGUGAUUUUUGAUUUGUGAAAAAACCAUUGGUUGUGUGCAUUUGGGGCUAUAGAUUUAUUUUUACUCUUUUCUCAUUUAAUUUAAAAGAUUUAUCUGUAUCCAUCACAAUUCUAUGUAGGUACUUGUAUUUCUAUUUGUAGUGGAAAAAUAUUGAUAUAAACAGAUUUGAACAUUGUGUUUGAGAGUAUGCAUCAAACUGAAACUGGUUUGUAGGAUGCAGAUAUAAUAUAUCUUGGUAGGAAAAUUUGGGUGGUCAGGACUGUCAAGCUAAAUGAAAUGAAUAAGCCAAAGACUGGUACAAGAGAGUUUUUAUUAGUGAAUUAUUUUUAGUUUGUUUAUCAUUAUACAUGGGUUGUAUUAUAAAAUAUAUGCACAUUUAAUUUGAUAGAUAAUGUAUUGUAGUACAAUUAGAUAGAGUUUCUUAAAUUUAUAAAAUUAAAAGUUAUCAAGUUCUCUCUCUCUCUCUCUCUCUCUCUCUCUCUCUCUCUCGGGCUUUGCUAUUUAAAUCUUCACAUAAAAUAUGUUGGCUCAUAAAUUCUAUUAUACAUCAUUAAUUGCCCAUAUAGAUUCAAUAGAUAUUUCGUUUUGAAAUUUCCUGUGUAUGAAUGAACAUAAAUAAAAUAAUGAAGUCCAUAAAUUUUCUCGAGCAUUGCAAAGGG